AUGCAAUAAUUCUAAACCUCCAUCCUUGAUAAAGACAUGCUUUUGUAAACUGAUGGUUCUCUCUAUGUAGGAACCAUUAUUAGAGGAAAUCUCCAAGGCUUUGGUUUGCUAAUAAACCCCGACGGAUCAUAUUAUUAUGGGGAAUUCAAAGACUCUGAGCCAAUUAACAUUGGAAUCUACAAGUUGUAGAAUUCGUGUAUUAAAUUGCAUUUUGAUGACAAUUCAAAUUUGAUCGACUCUGAGAAUAUACAUAAUAAAAGUUUCCUCUAUAAAGUAAUCCCUUUUAAAAACAACUCCUAUGGCGAUAAAAUACUAAUCAAAAGGUUUACUAACAUGAUAACCUACGGACUCACAAAGAAAGGGGAAUAUGAUGGGUUCUGCGUUCAGCAUUACAAAAAUGGAGAUACCUUCUAUGGGUAAAUAAUUAAAGGUAAGAGAGAAGGCGAUGCCAUUGAAUUCAAAAGUAAAAAAUAAUAAUGGUUCUGGCUAAUCUACAAGGAAGACGUCGUAUAAUAAUAAAAGUUUUAUGGAGACAAUUUUGUGCCAAGAGAUUUAAUUACUGAAUUAUUUGGUUAGAUACAUAACAAAAUACCCAAUCACUCUCGAGUUGUGUCAUUAGCUAACAUUCAAUUUAAUAUUAAUAAUAUAAUUCUUAAUAUGAAUCUGGAAAAUUCAAUUAAAGAAGAAGUGGAAAAGGGUGAAAACAAGGGAGCCCGAUAGUUUGCAAACUCAUUCGAAGAAGAUUAAGUGCAAUUUGAUGAUAACGAAUAAUUCAAAGAACUCUAAGAGUUUCAGAAUGAUAAUUUGAGCAAACUCACUCAAACAGAAAUCGAAUAAGCUAAAAUUAGAAUUGGCAGAAGCACAAGUUGCUUAGUUAGUUCUACUGAUAAUCCUUAAUGUACUUCGAAUAUUAGAGACAUGGUCAAAACAAAAAUCAUAAUUAAACGAUCUACUUCUCCCAUACUAACUACAAUUAGACCCUUAUUUUCUGUGAUAAGAGUUUGA